CUGGUGUUAUGUUUGCUAAUUAGCAACGGAUGUACUGCUCACAGGUCAUACUGACUUUGAGCAACUGAGACAGGAAAUAAUAUUUGAAAUGACCAACCUUGACCAACGUCUAUGCUUUUGAGGAAGAGUGAAGACGAGCAAAACUACUUCUCGUGCCUGGAGAUGCGCUCAAAUAAGACAUGAAGCUAAAGUCAAUUGGUGGGCUUCUGAGCAGUGCAAUAGAAACGUGUUCACCCUAUUGUCAGGAAAUCACACAUUUUGAAUCUUGAAAAUGUCACCCAUGGCCCGGAGCCUAGGAAGAAAAAAAAAUGGCUCUCGGAGUGGGAGUUAUGACACAUUCUCCUCUGUCGAUCAUUGUGACAAUACACAAUCGAAGGCAUCUCCGAGGUCACGUACGUGGAAGAGGGCGGAGAGCAUUUAGCUCCAAGUGUGACGCAGCGUGAGCUGUGGUUAAAAUAGAUGCGGUUUCACGUGUCUCAGCAGAAGCGUGUGUUAUCUUUCACCCUACCUGGCUGGUAGCUGUCGUGUGAGAGGAGAGUUGGUUAGUCGAUGGGAAUUAGCAAAACGUCUGGCUAAUUUCUGUUUGGCGUUCUCAUGGAGUUCAGCUGAUAUGAACAGUUAUGCUAUAAUUUCUUAGGAUUACAGUUUCGCACUCAAGUGUCCAUCAGUGAACAGUUCAUAACUUCAUCAAAUUAGACUUGAUGUUAAAACUAAUGAACUUUGUGGUUGCGCAAUUGCACUUUUUGAUUACAGAGUGUCCCAGAAGUCUUCAUACAUAGGGGAAAUUAACAUGCUUUAUUUACAAAUCAUCUUAUGAGCUGUGCCAGUGUCGUAUCUCGCUGCAGUUCUCGCCUGGUUUCCCACUGAAGCUAAGCAGCGUUGAGCCCGGCCUGUACCUGGAUGGGACAUUUCCUGUGGGAAACCAAGGUUGCUGAUGGAAGUGGUAUUAGUGAGGCAGCAGGGGGUGCUCACCAUGUGGUCCCUUCUGAGGCUGGUUGCUCCCAAAGUUAUUCCUCAUUUCAUCCCAGGCAGGUUGUCCUUGCCAUCGUUGCAUCUGGCUUGCUCAUUAGGGUUAAGUUUAUAAAUUUUUAAUCUAUGUCUGGAAUUGAUAUGUUUCUGUAAAGCUGCAUUGUGACAGCGACAAUGUCCAUUGUUAAACGCGCUAUACAAAUAAAAUUGAACUGAAGACAAAAUUUGGGCCAUAAUAAGAGGGAAAAUAAAAAUGGGUGUCUAUUGAUAUUUCAUUACUUUUAGUUUUAUUCUGUUUUAUUAGCAGGUCUAAAUGUCCUGAACAUAAGCUUUGUAAUAUAUACAUAUAAAGAGGAGGCUUGGGGGUGGGCGUGUAGGGGUUGUAUAGCACUUGCAAAUUUGUCCGUUUUAAUCUUCAGUAGAGAAAACGAGCCAAGCACAUGUGAACUGCUGGUUCCUGACACCGUCUGACCGACUGAUUAUUAAAAUAGACGGCUAAAAACAGGUCCUCUCCCUCAUCACGUACUUUAUCAUCACUCCACGCCACUCCGUGUGAUUUGGAAAGCAACGUAGUCCCUACCUGAUUUGGACUACCUGAUCAGAAUAAAGCAGUUACUAAAGAUGAAUGAAUGAGUUUGCACAAUGCAAAUGAUAAACUGAUCUGUACAUUAGACUUACAUUUUCAGCAUUUUGGCAGACAUCCUUAUCCAGAACAACUUACAUUUAUCUCAUUUAUACAACUGAGCAGUUGAGGGUUAAGGGACUUGAUCAAGGGCCCAGCACUGGGGCUUGAACUCCUGACCUUCUGACCAGUAAGACAGAGCCACUGAGCCAGCACUACACCAAUCAAGAGAACGGUGGCCAUCUGGGGGUUUCGGGCAUAAAGCAGGCCAUACUUAGCAGAGGAUGGUUUCAAUCCAGCGAUCUCUGGGUUAUGGGUCCAGCACUCAGCCGCUGCGCCACUCUGCUCGACGAGCACUACGGAUACUUGUAGCUAAAGUGCAAAACUAAGUACACACCUCAGCCACAUCACGUGAACCACUGACUCACUGUUAUUUUAUGCUCGUGUGCGCGAGGUCACUGAGCUGAUGACUUAAAUCAGGUCAAGAUAAGCUCUGCUGUUGAUUAAUAUCAUAUGACAGGGAUGACUGGGCUUAAAAUGAGGACUUUCCUUGUGUCCUUGUGUAGAGGACACUCUACACUCGAUGUGUCUCAACACCGUUAUUCCUCAAUCUAUACUUCAAGCAGUAUAUGUAAUCAUAUUUCCUCCAUUCUAAACUUACUCAUGAAUUGAAUGUGAAAUGUACAGAAACGACAGCGGCUGAAACGUGGCCUUUUUUCGGCAGCCAGUCCCGUCCCAAUCGUUCCGUCCCAGCGAAACGUUUAGCUACGACCGGAACGAUCGCGUCUCGUUUUGCGUAUUUUUAUUCACAUAUUAUUGUCAGUAACGCGUCUGUGCUCAUCUGCUGAUGAUGACGAGCGCGUAUUAGAGCUGUUAAGCCGUGAAAAGCUCGCGCUCGGAUUAGACGGGGAAGAUGCGCACGUCUGAACGUCUACACUCAUCCUCCGUCUGCACGAACAUGAAGACUCUGGUCAUCGUGCUGCUGCUGCUGAGCGCCGCGCUACACACUGUGUUCUCUUGUGCGGCGUGUAAAGGCGAGGCACUGAAGUGUUACACCUGCGUCGCGUCCAAUCAGGCGGAGUGCAACCGACAAGGCUUGAGUGUGUGUCCUGCUAACUCGGACGCCUGUGCCACCAUCACAGGGGCCAACUCGGUGAUGAAGUCCUGCUCCUUUAAAUCGUUCUGUGAUAAAUCCCACAUGAGUAAUGGAGGAAUGAAGCUGGAGUGCUGCUUCAGCGAUGAGUGUAACGGGCCGCACCGUGCUCACAGUCACGGAGAACACGGCAACGGCGCUGUGGCUCUGGGCUCCAGCCUGAACCUGCUCCUGGGAGUGCUGAUCAUCCGAGCGGCUGUCAAUGCCGUGUAAAAUCCUAUAAACACCAUAAAAACACUAUAGGACAUGUUAUUUAGUAUUGUAGCAUGAGCUUUUGGAAGAUGAAAUUGCAUGGGUUAACAAUGUUUCUAGUGAGCGUACAUUAACAGUAAGAAGUUUUGGACGCACCUUCACUUCAUUUGUACUAUGUUCUACUAUUUUAUAACAAUGAUGAAGAUUAUGAAAUAACAAAUAUGGUAUAAGGCAUUGACCAAUAGUGUUGACCAAAACUAUUUGAUAUUUUACCUUCUUAACACUUCCGGAUCCUGCUGAAGCUUUGUACACUCUUGGCACUUCAUGAAAAAGCUUCUUUUCUUCCUAAAUAAGCUGAGGUCUAAAUAAAAACUACUUAUUUGGGAAAGCAGUUUAAUUGGAAAGAAAAAUGUAUUAAUUUUUUUAAUAAAGCAAAAGCUCUUUUGAUUCAGAAAUAAACGUAUUCCUGCACAGUAACCACUAUUUACAUGAUUAUACACUAUUUUACAUCUACAUUAUUCGACAUCUAGUUUCAAAAUGUCUUUACGACAAUGAAAAAUUACAUCCCGCUGCAUCCAAAUUUUGAACCGGUAGUGUACAUUGAUUUGAGUGUGUAUUAAUAGAAAUCAUUUGCAUUUGAGAGAGAUUUCUAUUACUUGUUAGCUGCAUUAGCCUCAGACGUCAAGUAUAAAACUUCGACACAAACUUAGAACGUUAUGCAAAUUUUCCUUUUGUUCCCCCUCUUCUACACAUUUCAGUGUUUUGCACCCUGACACUCCUGGGUCAAAGAUUCACUUCGUCAACACACCAUUUAGAGUUGAGAAUAAAAGGUGUGUGUGUGUGUGUGUGUGUGUUAGUAAAAAGAAAACACUAAACUAAACUAAGCAGAAAAUGUGGUGGAUUAAAAUCUAACAAGGCUGAAAUUGAUGGAAAUGAAUUUGCAUAGCCGGUAGAAUUUUCUAGAGCUUUAACCAAGUAUAAAGCCACCAAAAGUGUGUUUCUGUAUGUUCAUGGUUUGUGCUGUAUAUGGACAUGAAUGAGGGAUGGCUAAAUAAAGUUGAUGGCUAAAUAAAGUUUUAACUUUUCAUUUUCUUAAAACAUUUCCUACACAGAUCCAUCGUUCAGUCUAACAUGACGCAUGUUUCUAUAAGUUAAAGCAUGCUUAGUAUAGUAUGAACAGACAAAUAUACGCACAGUAUAUUUAAUAUUUUUAAACAUCACAGUAAUCAACUGCACAUGAAUAUUCAAGCAACCAGUAUGUUUUGUUUGAAAGCCAGAAGCGUAAUAUAAGUAAUAUGUCUCGUUUUCUCUCUUAAUGUAGUGGCCUCUCUGAAAGAUUCUCAAAAUGGAGUCCGGGGACCCCUAGUAUAGCCUGAGGGUCCAUGGUUUGUUAACAAAAUUGUUAGCUUAGUUGUAGUAAUUUAUACAACAGUGCUGUUGAAUGCUCAAUUUUGAUUGGUCAGUAGGUGUUGGUUAAUUUUUAUAACAGCAGUUCUGACAGUAGUUCCGACUGCAAAGCAAAUCACAGGUUUAUUUUAAUACGCUCAUUCUUAUAUGUCAUUGUCUUUAAAAUAACAACUGACUCAUGGACUUGUAUGGUGGACGCUGGACAUUGGAGUCUCCGUACGGGGGGUUUGUGGUUAGCACGUUUGUCUUGUGGGGCUGGGGGUUCGAUUCUCAUCUCCGUCCUGUGUGAGUGGAGUUUGCGUGCUCUACCCGUGCUUCGGGGUUUCCUCAGGGUAUUCCAGUUCCCUCCCCCAGUCCAAAGACAUGUGUUGUAGGCUGUCCCCCACCUUGUGUCCUGAGUCUCCUGGGAUAGGCUCCAGGCUUCCUCUGGAAUAGGCUAUAACCCUGUGCGGUACAGAAAAUGAAUGGAUGGAUGAGUCUCCAGUUUUAGUGCUUUCUAAACAGUCAGCUGUAAAUCUGUAUCUUUUCCGACAUGAGAAAGUUUGUGUUUUCUGGUUUCUUGAUAACCUGACAUGCUGUGGGUGUCUUUUUUUGUCUUAUUAACUUCAAGGGAGAAAAAAAGAGGGAAGGAUUGUUUAUAGCUGCUAUAAUAUAAAGGUGUCGUGACAUGAGAAAUCUAAUUUUCCUUUAGCUUUUGACAUAUAAGAGGUCAAUACAAAAAAAAAAAAACACAGACAAGGUAUCAUUUGGGUGCUCGGUGUAUUUGAUUGCUUUUCAAAUAGAGUGUGCGUAAAUGAAAAACCCCACGUUCCCUCUCCCUCUGUAUUUUCUUUUUGCUGGGAAGAGGCGGGGCUUAGCCUGCCUUUUAUCUAGCUGUCAGUGCAGACCAGUGCUGCCAACUUAGCGAUUUUUCAGACCCCUUUAGCGACUUUUUUUGCAAAAAAAUUAAAAAGCACCUAACGACAAAUCUCGCGACUUUUUGGACAAACCUUAGCAACUUUCCAAAUGUCUUCGGUACUGUCCUGAAAGCGCGAGGUUUCCCGCUGCACUCACACCGCUCUCUACGUCUGCUCUGUUCAGUGAGUGGCUGAGAGCCGGAGAUUUAACGACGUCAUGGAUAACGAGACGCACCCUUUGUCCCAAUUUAGGCCUAAAUCAUAUUUAUGCGAAUGUUUUUAAAAUGCAAGACGAAAGUAAUGCAGCAUGUUUUCCACGUAAAAAAGUCCACGUUAUUACAGCCUAGUUCUCUUGUUCAAAGUAGAUAUAGUGUUCCGAAACAUUUUUGAUCAU